AUUCCAGUAUCCGACAUUCUGGGGAUUUUCCUGACCUUUGAACAUAUGAAGUUUUAAUAUGGUAAACAUGGAAGAUCAAACUGAGCUUAGACCAAGUAAUGGAAGAACAAAAAGAACUGCAGAUUGGUGGGAGAAACAAAAGGACAGAACUGGAAGACGAACCUCUGGACGAAUCUCGAAGCCAACCUUUGCACCUCCAGCUCUAGAACCUUCCAAAGUUGAAUUACAGAUUCGACAGGGUGAUAAACCAACUGUAUUACAUAUUGUGAAAACUAAAUUACCACCAGGUGCGAAACGUGUAAAAAACAACAAUGGAAACAAUCCUUUAAAGGCUAAACAGCAUUGUGUGUCCCCCAAUAAAAAUAGUGUCAACAACAAUUAUAAUCAUACUAGAAACCAUUUACAAGUUCUGAUAAAAAAUUUAGCUUUAGAUGUGACGAAAGAACAAUUACAAGAACAUUUCAGGAAGACAGGUGGAGUUAAAAGCAUUCAGAUACCCAAAGAAAAAGGCCAGAAUAUUGGUAAGGGAAUAGCAUACAUGGAUUUUAAAUCCAGAAUAAGCCAUGGAAUUGCUCUUCGACUUCAUCAAACUACUUUAGGCGGAAAACCUAUAAGUGUGGAAUUUUGUCAAAACUCAAAGAAAUCUAAAUGAGGGACAUAAAAAUGUAUUGAUGGUGAUUGAAAGUUGUGUCAAGUUAUUAAAUAUAACGGUUUCCUUUUAUUUAUUUAUUGAAUAAUGUACAGCGGUAUACUAAUUCCAGGUGUCAUAUUCUGUGAAUAUGUUGUUAAAAAGUUUUGAAAUGCAAGUGAGACAGGAUGUGCAUGUGUAAAAUAUAAACUUUCCAGCCCUAUUUCUUCAAUGUGUAAAUGUUUUAAUUUAUUUAAAGUUUGGUUUAAAAUCAACUAUAGAGUGUGUCUAGUGAAUGGUGUAAAAGAUUUUACUUUAGUAUUAAAUAUUACAAACGUAUAACUAAACUGGCUUCUUAGACUUUUUUAUAAAGUGAAUCCAAGCAAACUAAUUUAUGUUUUCACUUAUCUGGAACACAACUUUGUUUCAGUACCUGGGUAAAUUCAUUGAGUAAUAUGUUCUGAAAUAUCUGUUUUUUCUCCAAGAAAGGUGUAUAUAUAGAAUUUCCUACACAUUGCAAUAUCUUGUGACAUUGUUCUAACACAUCAAUUGAUAAACAUCUAAACUUACAGUCAAAUAUUGUCUUUUAAACUAGCUAUACCUAGUACCAUUUAACAUUUGCUAUGUUAAGAACACUGGAGUUAUGUCUUUGAAUUCAUUCAAAUUUAUUGGAUGUAGAAACAGCUUAUUUGAAAUAUGUAGCCGCACACAGUAGAAUGAUACCUAUGUAAUUGCUCAAAAAAGCAACUUAAAUUGACAACCUCAUUUCAUAUGUUUUUUUAUAAAAAGUCUGUGUGGUGACCUUAUUUUGAUAGUAAAAUUUAAAUGUUAUG